AUUCCUAAUGAAAAUGUUUGAGAGUGUUGACUCUACAGCCACAAGAUCUGGCCUGGAUCUCUGGGCUGAAAUCUGUUCCUGUAUGCCAAAUCCUGACCAAGAGGAUGGUGCCAGCAAUGCUUUCUCAGACUCCUUUGUGGAUUCUUGUCCUGCAAGCAAAGGCCACAGGGAGGCAGCAGGCUUUGCUGUCCAGCCAUCUCUACAACCUUGGGCCCCUUUGCAAGAUUCAGAAGUAUAUUUAGCAUCCUUAGAAAAGAAACUGAGACGAAUCAAAGGUUUAAAUCAGGAUGUGACCUCCAAGGACAUGCUUCAGACCUUGGCACAGGCCAAGAAGGAAUGCUGGGAUCGGUUCCUUCAGGAGAAGUUAGCGUCUGAAUUCUUUGUGGAUGGACUUGAAUCUGAUGAGAGCACCUUGGAACACUUCAAGAGGUGGCUCCAGCCAGAUAAAGUAGCCAUCAGCACAGAAGAGGUCCAGUAUCUGAUUCCUCCCGAGUCACAGGUUGAGAAGCCAGAGGCUGGGGACCAGCCAGCUGCAGCGGAACAGUAAAUUAAACGCGCACAC